AUGAGCAACCCCAAGGAGACUCGCUUACCCGAGUUCUUGGCCAUUAAUCACAGGGGAAAAACUCCAGUUUUGAUCGAUGGUGAUAUAAAGAUCAAUGAAAGUAUUGCGAUCCUACUUUACAUUGAGGACUACCUUGGACCAAAUAUUCCAUUACUUCCUCCGCUUGCUAAUCGUUCGGACAGAGCACGUGCUCUGGCCAGAAUCCAAGAGACCGAGAACCUGCAUACGAUAUAUGACGCUCUAGAAGAUGCUCAUUUCGAUGCUGCGAAUGGCGAAACUGGUCCGCUCACGAAUAACGCGCGAGAUGAUCUUGUGCAAGCGGUCUAUCAGGAACUCGACUUCUGGGAGAGAUAUGCAGGAGAGGCUGAUUACAUUGCGGGCCCACAGUUCACGUUGGCUGAUGCUGCAUUCUUCCCUUUUCUGGGUUAUAUGCUACACAGAGGGUUCCAGUGGAAUUCUACCAGAUGGCCCAAUCUUCAACAGUACUAUGAUAGGGUGUGGGCAAAAGAUUGUGCAAAAAAGGCACAACCUGAAGGUUGGGAGGGACGAGGACGAGCGAAUGUCUUUAUGGGAACUAGAGGAGGAGCGAAACCACUUUAUUCGGGUCAUGAACAACCGGAUAUAGUUGCUGCCAAUCUUUUGACGCAGACCUUGUCUGUAGUUUUUGAGUUGCAGAGAAAGGCGAUAAUGCAGCCCAGCGAUCUCGCUAAUCUGCUGAAAAAACUAAAACAAUCUGUCGUAGCUACAGAAGAUACGCUUCGGGAAACCAAGGUUGGCCUCACAGUAGGACGACUGAGGACUCAUGAAUCGACCGAAGUUUCGGACCUGGCCAAGGAGAUUGUGAAGAAGUGGAAGGGUGACGUUGAUGAUGAGAAGAAGAAGAAACUAUCAUCGCUGAAAGCGCCCGUGAAGAGCGAUGGACCACGAACUGCUAAGAGCGACGGAGUAUCUUUCCCAACGCUCGGAGACAAAACGCGGGAUACCUGCCGAUUGCUAAUAUAUGAUUCCCUCGCAAUCGAUUCUGGGGCCCCAAUCGACCUGAUCAUGAACCGGUCUACUGCGGUCGAACAAACUGUUUUUGAUAACUGUGGCAGCUCCAAUGCAGACUAUCGGCAGAAGAUGCGGUCACUGUAUCUUAAUCUCAAAGGGAAAGAAAACCCAUCGCUCAGAGAAGGUGUGGUAUCUGGGAGCAUACCUGCAGCUAAAUUGGCUGUCAUGACUAGUGCAGAAAUGGCAUCGGAGGAGCGAAAGCAGAAGGAUCGGGAAAUUGAGCAGGCAAACCUUUUCAAAUCGCUCGGUGCGGGUGAGCAACAAGCGGAAACAGACGCCUUCCAAUGCGGAAAAUGCAAAGCGACUCGUUCUGCUGACGAGCCAAUGACG